AUGGAGCCAAACAACAGAACAACACAUACGGUAACAGAAUUCCUCAUCACAGGAUUGGAUGAAGUACAACACCCAAAGGUGGUGGGACUAGCCAUUUUGUUGGUCCUCUUUCUCAUUCUGAUCGGAAGCAUCACUAACAUUUGUGUCAUAGCAUUCAACAAGCCUCUGCAUACCCCCAUGUACUUUUUUAUUUGCUCGCUGGCAGUGGUAGACAUAGUCUACACCAGCGGCAUUAGUGUGACAAUGCUUAACGUUCUCCUUGGUGAGGAGAGAAGAGUCCCCUAUGCACCCUGCAUGAUACAGUGCUUCUUAUUUCAUUUUGGAAGUUCUAUGGAACCCUUCGCAAUUGCUCUGAUGGCUUAUGAUCGCCUUAUUGCAAUUUCAUAUCCUCUUCGAUAUCAGACUAUCUUAACUAAUACAAAUGUAUGUUUACUUAUAAUAGCCAAUUGGGCACUAGGCUGCAUGUUUGCCAGUUUGUUGACUGGCUUGGUGAACAAUCUGCCCUUCUGUGGCUCAAAUAAACUCCCAUACAGCUUUUGUGAAUAUGCUAACUUAAUAAGAGCAUCAUGCGUGAAUCUUUCACAUUAUUUCAAUGCAAUUUCUGCUUUGGGGACUGCUGUAUUAUGGGUUACUUUAGCCUUGAUAAUCAUCUCAUACAUGAAGAUAGUUUAUGUAGUGAUACAAAUGUCUUCAUCCAAAGACAGGAGGAAAACAUUUAACACCUGUGUCUCCCACAUGAUAGUGGUGGCUUGCUUCUUUAUCCCCAAGGUGUUGAUAAUAUUGGUCACCAGGACCCUUGACUACAUUAUUGUUGCAGUUCUUAAGAUUGCCAGCACCAAAGGCUGCCUCAAAACCCUUUCUAUCUGCAAUGGCCAGCUGAUCAUCAUUGCCCUCUAUAUUCUACCUAGAAUUUGUAUUUAUCUGUCCAGUAAUACCGGCAUUAGAUUCAGCACUGAUUUACAUAUUGUUAUUAUCAUGUUGUAUAGCCUGCUCCCUCCUAUGAUCAAUCUACUGAUAUACUGUUUCAAGACAAAAGAUAUGAAACAGAGCUUGAUGAAAAGAUUCAAAAGAUGAACUGGUCCACAGAAAGAGAGUCUCUGCUGUAUCUUAAUGAUUUA